UGUCGCGAGGUCUCCACCCCCCGCGUGAUUAGCAUCCCUCCGUCCUCCCCAGCAUCCCCGCGUGCCACGUGACCGUGAGGAACAAGGAUCGCCAGUCAUACAGAACGCCUCUCCAGGCUAUCCGCGGACCGAAAUCCGCCGAGGAACAGGUCUCCGGAAACGGCGGGUCGCCCUACGGUCUCGCGCUGGCUCAGGUGGUUGGUUAUCUGGUGAUGUAAUAAUUGUGGCCCAAUUAAGGGAAAGGGUUACCUUGUGACGUCAGAGUACUUCUAACUGAUAACCGACGGGAAUCCCAAAUUUGCAACAUCUCUAAAGGAAAGCAACUUUUUUCUUCUUCCUUAAGAAGGAACAAUUAAUGGAUCCUUAAGACUAUGAACUGCCUCCAGCCAACUAAUACAAAAGAAUUUAAAUGUCACAGAGGUAUCAUUAGUAUUCAAGAAUGGUUCUCUUCGAAGAAGACGGAGAUGGUGGAAAUGUAAAGACUCCUGUAUUUUGACGGAAUAUCUUGGACAGUGGCACCAUGUUAGUUGUAUGCGGCAGCAGCGGUGGCGAAGGGGGUUAUAUCCCUGAAGAUUCGAGGAGUACAGUAAAUGGCCGACCGUCAAUUUCUACAACCCCUGUCCGAUGCGCGGGUUGCGGGGGUAGUAUCUGUGACAGAUAUUACCUGUUGGCAGUGGACAGGCAGUGGCAUGUGUCCUGCCUUACGUGCUGUCAAUGCAAAGUGCAACUAGAUUCCGAGUUGACGUGCUUCUCCAGGGACGGGCACAUUUACUGCAAAGAAGAUUAUUACAGGAUGUUUUCCGUUAAACGAUGCACGAGGUGCCACCUUUCCAUCUCCCCGAGUGAUCUGGUCAUGCGUGCGAGAGAGCAUGUGUACCAUUUACAUUGUUUCACGUGCGCCACUUGUAACAAGCCUUUAACGAAAGGCGAAUACUUCGGACUUAAAGAAGAUAUCAUAUAUUGUAAGGUUCAUUACGAGAUGCUACUGCAGUAUGAAAGGCCAUAUCUCUGUCCACAGCCAUGCUUGAAAGAAGAAGAAGAUGUGACAAACUGCGAGAAGUCGAGCUCUGCGCUUGACGAAGAAAGACUCUGUCCUCACAUUCGUUGCCAGAACUUCCAACAGACUUCUAAUUUGCAAAUACCGUGUAGUUUAGAAGUGUUUCCAAACUUCCACCAGCAGCGGACGAAUGGUAGCCUCGAUCUUCCUACCAGGACCGUUACGACUAUUGUCAAAACACCUGGACAAAAGGGAAGGCCUCGAAAACAGAAGAGUUUUUUAUCGUCGUCCCUUUUACUACCACAUCGCGGACCAUCCGUGACGAGUUCUGACGACCAUUGUUCUUUAUCGGGUGAUCAUCAGUCUCCUUUGCAGCAUAGUUCGAGUAGUCUAGCGGCUGUGGGCAGCGAUAGUAGCACUUCCAGUGAACAUCUGACGCGGCCUAAGCGAAUGCGGACUUCCUUCAAACAUCACCAGCUCAGAGCCAUGAAAUCGUAUUUUUCCAUCAACCAUAAUCCUGACGCCAAAGAUCUCAAGCAACUCUCCCAGAAAACGGGGUUGUCUAAAAGAGUCCUUCAGGUCUGGUUCCAGAACGCUCGAGCAAAAUGGCGGCGCAAUCUCCUUAGGCAGCAGAGCCAAGGGCCAGAGAUUGCCCAAGACUGUAAGCCGCUGUCUGAACUAGCUUCUCAGCCUCAGUUCUGCGAUCCGUUCCGGUUAGGUUCCUCGCUGAUAGACAUCCAGCCUACGCCCAUUACGCAAGAAGAGCAAAAUAUACAGACAUUUACGAAUCUCCUGUAGUUUCGCAUGGGACAGAUUUUGUAUAUUUAAUAAUUCCCACAAGAAAGAAACCUGAAAAUAUCACGAAAUUUGGAAGAGCCAUGGUGUAAGCAUAUUGACCCGAAGCUUGCUCAGAAACUCAAACAGGCAAAUCGUUGAAAUUGCAUAUUAAGGGACCACGUGCAGUGUGAGAUAAAAUGAAUUCUUGAAUACAAUAUACUAUGUGCAUAUUGUGUUCAACGAUUUAAUAGAAGUCGUGCAGUUAGAUGAAAUUGUUGAAAUGUACGAAGAAUAAUCUACUGUACAGUUCAAUCUCUGUUAUAAUAUGAUAAUUUGCUGAUAUUCGUUUCAAUAAGAUUUCGCUGGAAUUAUAUUAGGAUUCUAUCUUAGUAAUAAGAUUUCGGUGGAAUUUAAUUGUAUCUACUAUCUUACAUUAUCUAUGAUUCUAUUUUAGUAAUCUUAUUUCCUAAAUUGUAAUGGGAUUGAGAAGAAAUCUGUUCACUGUUUUCCAUUGAAGUUCGUUAAUUAUUACCCUAAUCGCGUAAGAAAAUAUAAAAUAGAUAUUUUUAAUGGAAUAUUUUUUAUUAAUAACAAACGUACGUACUUUUCAUUAAAUUUUAAUAGCCAUUUCGUUCACUUUUUAAUGAGAGAGGGAAUAUUUACAGUUUUUUGCUCUGCGUAUAACUUUGAAUGAAAAUUUCUACGUACUUUUGUAGCAGUGCCAGAAAAAAAUUUAAUAAAAAAAUCGCAAGUAUAUUACUUUCCUUCAUUAUCAUUUAAUAUUGAUCUAAAAAUUCAUGAAGUUUUACUUUGAUCGUAAGAAAUAUUAUUUUAGGAUGAGGAAAUAAGAAAUUUUUUAACUCUGAUUACAAUAAUAACAAUAACAGUAACUUCAGUGAGGACAACGUGAAAUUUCCUCUUCUUCUUUCUGAAUAAAUAUAUUUAUUCGGUAAAAGAAGAAAAAAUAUAAAAACGUUCCGAGAUCUCCUUUUAAAAAUGAAAGAAAAAGUGAGACCAUUGUUAAAAUAUUGAAGAAAUUUUCAGAAUUUUAGGAUUCAUUUAAUUUUUUGGACAUUCUUCGAAACAUAAAGUGAAUAUUAAACUGCUAAUUAUAGCUCUAAUGCUUUUACUAAUUGUAAUCACAUUUGCACAAAACAGAAUGCCAGUUUAUAAAUGCUAAUAUACCUAAAUAUAAUAAGGAAAAUUAUUCACAUGAAUUUAAAGAGUUAUUUAAAAAAUAUAUACUAAGUGGUUUUCAUUAAAAAUGAUAAUAACCAUCUUUUGUAGAAUGAAAAAAAAAAAAAAAAAAAAAAAAGAAUGGUUGUUGACCCUUCCCCCUCCACAAAAAAACGUAAACUGAAAACUUCAGAUUAAAUCUAAUCUCGAAGUGUUAACUGUUAAAAUUUCAAAAAGUAAAUAAGUAUAUAUAAAAAUUGUAAGAUUAAAAGGAAAUUGCUCUUAUAUUUUUCUUCAGAUUUUAGCUGAUCACCUGAAAUAAUUUGAAGCCAUUACGAUAGACUUAGUAGUUUAAUAAUUAGUUUGUUAGAAAUUACAGCUGUAAGGCAGUGGUCUCACACUAGCGGCCCGAAGCAAUUUUACUCGGCGUUGAACUUAUUUCCCGCAUAUUAAUUAAAACAUUAAUUAGUUAAUGACAAGAAUUGGAAGGUUUAAAAUUUUAAUGAUUUGGAGUCCAAUUUUAUAUUAUUUUCAUUACCAUUAGAAAGGAAUUUAAGUGACAUAUUAAAAAUUCUACAAACGCCCCAAGAAAUUUAAAAUAAGAAUAUAAAUUGAUAUAAUAAGAAAUAUAAAUUGUAUUCAAAGUUUUGAAGAUUCAGAUUUGAGUAACUUUUAUUCGUACUUAUCAAAAGAUAAAUAUUCUCAGUUGCGGAAUUUUUGCUAGAUAUGUUUACUGUAUACGUUGAUCCAUAUUGAAAGGCAAACUUGGCAGCCGAGGCAAAUUAUAUAUUUAUCUUUGUUUCAACUGACAUUCGCUACCACACAAAAAUAUGUGUAAUUUUUUUAAUUAAUGCGUCAGAAAAAAAAACAAA